AUGGCUCGCCUGCGACGCGACACGCUUUCAGCGUCCAGUACAACUCACUCCCCAACCUCCACCCACGCCAGCUCGCCUAUGCCAAGUCCAUCGAACUCCAAGCCAUUUCGUAUUUUCUCUACAGGGACAAUAUUCUUCACGUACUCGCUGGAUCUUUGCUCGCAUCCAGUUCCGGGUACUGUGUCUCGGGCACAAGCAGUUGCCGCCGCACGUGGUGGUAGCGCCGGACAUAUACUCGGUUUUUUGGCAGCGCUUCCUGCUGCUGUGGAACCUAUGCUCAUAGCGAGUUUGGGCGCGUCACCCGACGGAAUUCGACUGCGAGAUGAGCUAGAGGCAGGUGGAAUACGCACAAAAUACUGCAAACCUUGGCCCGGUCUCGGUGUUCCAUCUGCAUGGGUAAUGCAUGCCCGUGAUACUGGUGAAAGGACUGUCAUAAAUCACAAUCCGCUUCCAGAGAUGUCCCAUGAAGAUUUUAUUGCCUUGCUUGGCCCUGUUCUUGCACCGGAGAACUAUGUUGGCAUUUCCCACUCCCAACCGCCUCAACUACCACCUCAACCACCUUCACCCGCUUCUGUCUUCCCAAAUGCAUUUGUUGCUACUCCGCCACCGAGGCCUAGUAUGACUUCCAGACCUGCAACAGCUCCUACAGGAAGCGCCGCCCCACACAUGGCGAUUGUGCCCACUCAAAGUCCACUUUCACCCGCGCCUUUUGACUGGCUGCAUUUUGAAGGACGGAAUAUCAAAACCACGCUCUCCAACAUUCUUGGAAUAGAUGGUCUUGCACGUGAGCGAAAGUGGCGAGCAUAUUGUGUUCUCAGCUUGGAUCUCGGCCGAAGGGCACGAGAGGGCGUUGAAGCUCUCAUCCCCCACGCAGACGUCAUAUUUCUUUCGGCGCAAACUUUUCCCUCACUCUCCAGCCCUGGCCCACCUUCUCCGCGCGCUAUUCUCCUUGCACUCGCACGACAUGCACGUCCACACGCGCUCCUUGUAUUAUAUGGAGGUACCCUCGGUUCAGCCCUUCUCUCCCUCCCUACGCGUGAAUAUCUCCAGUCUUCCUCCUGGUCUCCACUUCCGAUAGGCAGAUCCCAUGCACACACCAGCUCCAACUUACACUCCAUCAUCUCUACUUCCGAUGGUGUCGAGAGUGUGCGCAGCGGCUCAGAAUUUUGGGCUGGCCGCCGGAGCCCCGACUCAAGCGGGUUCACCAUAGCAUCUGCCGGAAAUCGUGACAGUGGAUAUUCAGAAGCCCACGACGACGAGCCAAAGGGGCGCACAAUGACGCGAAGUCUACGCAUACCACCCGCGGGACAUCCUUGCCCCACUCACUUCCUAACCCUCAUCUUCACACUAACGGCCAUAGCCACGGUCACGCACACGCACGUCCCUCCCCAACACGUACAGAGCUCUAUACCCGUGCAGCCUUUACCGCCGCUCUCGGAGGACGCGCAAGACGAAGAGGGCGCGCAUUCCGCGUUCGUGGCGGGGAUGAUAUGGUCCCUCAGCAGGCGCAUACUUCCAGGCGCACCGUAUACCCCCAUGCAAGCGGAGGAGAAGGAAGUAGACGUCACUGCGCGAUGGAGGCUUGACGAGUGCCUGCGAUUUGCAACGGAGUGUGCAGGGCGCAAGGCUGGCGGAUGCGAAUGGGGCAACUUGGCUCUGGAGAUGAGAGACGUGGGGUGGUUUGAUUGA